UUACGUGGCACAAUCCGGACGUGACAUCUCAGUCGGGGGGAUUUUUACUACUCAGUCGUCGGCUCGAUCGGACGGAUCGGACCUCACGACCGCGACAUGUGGUCCAUGAUCUGGGUCGCGGUUCUGCCCUCCAUCCUCCUGGCGUAUGAAAUUGACUGGAAGAAGCUGGAUGGUCUGGCCAGAGCAAAAGUGGAAAGCUGUGGAGGAUGACAGUUGAACAGGUUGAGGGAGGUCAAGGCCUUUGUGACCCAGGACAUCCCUCUUUACCAUAACUUAGUGAUGAAGCACAUCCCUGGAGCCGACCCGGAGCUGGUGCUCCUGAACCACUACUAUGAGGAGCUGGACCGCGUCCCGUUAUCCGACAUGACUCGCACAGACAUCAACGAACUCCUGGCCGAGCUGGGCUUUUAUAAAAAAGCUCGAUCCGAAGACGAAGUCCCGGAGGAGUUUCGAUUCUCACCAGCCAAGGACAGUCCCUUCAGAGAGCACCAGACCGCCGGAACGGCCGCGGACACCGACCCGACAGGAGAAUCCCGACCUGAGAAAGACUCGCCGCACAACGAUUUAUAGUCCAGAUACAAACGAAACUGCUCAUGUCUGCCUCAGUCUGCGUUCUAAUGCAUGUACACAAACCUGCUGUCUGUGCUGCGUCGUUGAGCUCAAAUGAAACCACUGGCUUCACGAUUGGCUGAACGGAACCCUGGUCCUGCCCACAUGGGAACUAAAUGAUGCCCCAAACUGUAAAAUCAUCUGAUUGGUUGGGGGUUGAUGAUCUGCGUUCUUAAGGGCGUAAAUCAGGGUGUUCGUUAAUCAAUCAAAAAAAAUUCAUUGAAAAAAAUAAAUCAUUCUGAUGUGA